AAUUCCAGAUUAUCUAAAGUUAAUUACUGCGCCAUUUCGUUCUGUUUAUUUUAAACAUAUGAAAAACAUGUCUCUUUUCCUUAUGAAGUGAUCAUCAGAUGGGUAAUGGGUUCCCACAAUUUUUUUUUUAAGCUUUCUCGUCUCGUACGUCUCGUAAGACCUCCGACUUUUAGAUAUAUCACAACAAUGACAGAUCAAGGCCCACGAUACUUGAAUGGUGUUACCAAACUUACUUAUGUACCAGGUUAUGGAAGUGAAGAUAAUUAUGUGAAAAUUGAUGAUUUAAUUCAAAAGCCAUUUUUAAAGCUUGCGUUCCUCAGUACUAUGAUCGUUGAUUUUCCAUGGUUAUUUACAAAAUUACCUAAUAAUCGACAGAUCAUUUUAGCCAAAGAUUGGGAUGCAAAUAGUGAGUCGCAAGGAUUAUCUGGUAUCCCAAACACGAAUUAUUUGAUCGUUCAUGCGCCGAAAGCGGAAAGUGGAUUUGGAUGUUUUCACGCGAAAUUAAUGUUAUUGAUUUUCGAUAAAUGGAUGAGAGUCGUUAUUUCAUCCGGAAAUUUGAUUCCUCAAGAUUGGGAACUUUGUGAAAAUGUUGUCUUUGUUCAAGAUUUUCCGUCUCGUGAUAAAUCAAAAGAAUAUAAUGGUCUACCAGAAUUCGCUCAAACUAUUAAUGAUAUGUUGGUAAAGAUGGGGCUUAAAACGCAUAUUAUUACUAGGCUUCCAGAAUAUGAUUACUCAAAGGCAAAAGCAGUCCUUAUUCCAUCAAUUCCUGGAACUUAUAAAGGAAUGGAAAAUAUCAAAAAGUUUGGUCAUGGACGUAUAUGUAAAGCGGUUAAAGAAUUAUGCGGAGAACGUGAAGAUGAUCUUCAAUUAGAAGUUCAAUCGUCUUCAAUUGGGAGUCUUAAUAAACAGUUCUUGAACGAAUUUUAUCGAUCAGCAAGAGGAUUAGAUCCCGUUUCGGCCCAAAGUCGGCCUCGCCCAAAAAAAGGUGAAGUUGUUCCUUUGCCCCCGAUUACUGUAGUUUAUCCAUCCAGAAAAGUAAUUGAUGAAUCAAAAUACGAUAAUCCGGCAAAAUCUAGUAUCGCGUCUACAAUUUGCCUUUUUGAACAAUCUUACAAUAAGGAUACUUUUCCUAAAGAAAUUUUAAGAAAUUGCAUUUCUAAACGUGAUGGGUUAUUGAUGCAUUCAAAGUUUAUAUUGGCGAAAUAUCGCGAAGAUCUUAAUGAAGCGGAAUCUGAUCCUGUCCUUGAUGAAUCUCAGGAGAAUAUUGGAGGAUGGUAUUAUUGUGGGAGUCAUAAUUUUUCCGAAUCGGCUUUGGGAAAGGUCACUACAUCACGCGAAACAAAAGAAUUGCAAAUCAAGAUUAAUAAUUGGGAAUUGGGCGUUUUAUUUCCAAUUUACAAGAAGGAAGAAGAUUAUAUUCCCAGCGAAGAUCAUGAUAAAAGAGAUUGGUUUGAUGAUCAUUCUGUCCCUGUACCAUAUGUUAGACCGCCACCUCAAUAUGAGAGUGAUGAAACGCCAAAGGUAACAUCUUAAUAGUUAAAACAUUAUGAUUUUAAUCUAAAUUUUGUUUCGUUUCGUAUUUUCUUUUAAUUGUUGAUUGGUUCCAAGGUAUUAUAGAAAUUAAAGUUAUCUUUUAUAUUUACAAAUUAUUUUGUUCGGAUAUAGUUAAGGCAAUCUAAUUUAUUAUCGUUAAAAUAUAAGUUAAGUCAAUACACCAAAAAAAGAGAAUUACCAAAUCUAAUGGGGCCGAAUGAAAUUUACGUGAUUUAAGAAAAUAUUAUCGAUUAUAAAAUUAUUUAAGAUAUAAAGUCAGCGCCAUGAAUCAGUUAAUAAAUGUAAAAAAAAAAAUGUAAUAUAUUAAAUAAUAAAAAUAAUUCGAGAAUGAUUUAUUCCUU